AUGGAGUCGGAUGCAUACAGUUUCCAGACUGGCGUGAAACACACUUUUACGACAGUAGACUAUGUUUUAUUCGGAUCUAUCCUAUGUGUGUCAGCAUCCAUUGGCCUGUUCUAUGCCAUCAAGGAUCGCAACCGCCAGACCACGCGGGAGUUUCUGAUGGCGGGGGGAGACAUGAACCCCUUGCCAGUGUCCCUUUCGCUUUUGGCCAGCUUUAUGUCCGCUAUUACUCUCCUGGGUGAUCCUGCCGAAAUGUACAUCUACACCACCAUGUACUUUUGGAUCGGACUCGCCUACCUGUUUGUAGCCUUUGGAGCUGCGCAUGUUUUCAUUCCCAUCUUCUACAGGCUUCGAGUUACAAGCGCAUACGAGUAUCUGGAACUACGAUUCAGCAAGGGAGUAAGGACAGCAGGCUCCAUGACAUUCUCGGUACAGAUGCUGCUGUACAUGGCCCUCGUGCUGUACGCUCCAUCUCUAGCACUCAAUGCCGUGACUGGAUUUACUUUAUGGGGCUCUGUGAUAGCUAUUGGUGCUGUCUGUACCCUCUACACCUGUCUGGGCGGUAUGAAGGCGGUCUUGUGGACGGACACUUUCCAGGUAACCAUGAUGCUUACUGGACUCAUUGCCAUUCUAAUCAAAGGCAGCAUAGAAAGUGGAGGCAUUGGGGAGGCAUGGCAACGGGCAGUGGACGGAGAGAGAGUUUUGUUUAACGACUUCGAUCCAAAUCCUGCCAAACGUCACAGCGUGUGGUCUCUAGUGAUUGGUGGAACAUUUACAUGGGUCGCCAUAUACGGCGUUAACCAGGCUAUGGUGCAACGUUGCUGUACUUGCUCUUCACUGAAGCAAGCUCGGCUGGCUAUAUGGUUGAACUUCCCGGGACUCUGUCUGAUCCUGUACCUGUGCUGUUUUAUCGGUAUGGUGAUGUACGGGUUCUAUAGAAACUGCGAUCCCCUCAAAUUUGGUCUCGUUCAGUCCUCAGACCAGUUGCUUCCCUUGUUUGUGAUGGAUGUGCUUGGAACCGCACGUGGAUUCCCGGGACUUUUUGUCGCCUGUCUCUUCAGCGGAGCUCUCAGUACAAUAUCAUCCGGGCUAAACUCCCUGUCUGCCGUGGUAUUACAAGAUAUCAUCAAGUCCUACUUUUUGCCAGACAUCUCCGAGCAGCGUGCGACACUAGUUUCAAAAAUCCUAGCCUUGGUGUUUGGUGUGAUCUGCCUAGGACUGACCUAUGUGGCAUAUUUCCUGGGAGGAGUUUUACAGGCUACUCUGUCGCUGUACGGCAUGAUUGGAGGACCGCUACUGGGACUAUUCAUCCUCGGAAUGAUGUUCCCCUGGGCCAACAAAUGGGGAGCGUACGCCGGUCUACUGUUUGGACUCGUUUUCAUGUUCUGGAUAGGUGUAGGGGCGCAGUUAUACCCUCCGGUCAUACCUACGUCUCCUAUAUCCACCAUAGAUUGUAACUGGAAUCUCACCAUAGCGCCAAACAUAACCGCCGCAUCGUCCAUUCUUAAUUCUACAUCGAAUGCUCCAACACAAGAGGACAGCAAUCCUCUCCACAAACUGUACACGUUAUCUUACAUGUGGUACAGCGCUACGGCCGUGCUUGCCACCUGUGUAGUGGGACUAAUCGUCAGUGGAAUUACAGGAUUCAAUGAUCCCGUGGAAGCUGACGCCCGUCUGAUCUGUCCAUUGUUUGAUAUUCUGUUCCCGUAUCUACCCGAGGUGAUCCGCAAACCUAUGCGCUUCGGCGUGGACUACAGCACUCUUGAGACAUCAUCGGGAUCCAGUAAUGAAUCUGAAGUCAAAAUGACUGUAUCGUCAGAUGUCAAAAAGAAGUAUCAGAGGAGAUUUGAUAAAAUCAACGGGAUAGAAAAGGGCAGGUCUGCAAGUCAGGACAGUGGCAUAGAACAGGAGGGAAGUGAAGAAGUUGAUAACGAUCCACGCUUGUACAACCAGAACACAGAUUCGACGACAUAUACCACCAAACUUUGA